GUAAUGUAACGGAGCUUGCCAACGGAAGUGUUUCUUUAUUCAUCAUAUAAACAUAUUUUUUGGGUUAUUGUUAAAAAUUUAUUUGAGUUCAGUUCUCACGAGCUGUGUCGAGAUUUGGAUCCAUACAAAAUCUCCACGACGCUGCUGCUUCACUCUCUCUCUCUCUCUCUCUCUCUCUCUCUCUCUCUCUCUCUCUCUCUCUCUCUCUCUCUCUCUCCCACUGUUUCAGCUUCAAGUCUUUACAAGUAUAGUCACAGAGAUUAAAAGAGAAGACAAGCCAACAAGAUUGAACAAGACAAUCUGAUUUCGGAUUUCCUUGACGGGUAUUGAGAUUUUUAAUCGUCCUUCUGUAAAUACAAGUGCGUAUUCUUCAACACCAACAACACUACUGCAAGGGGGGCAAAAAAAAAGGGAUCUUAGAUUUAUAGCAAGAGAAUAAAAUGUCAAUGCCACUACAACGUGGCAUCUCUGGAGUACGAGUUUCUGAUAGCAGUGAUGAUUUGAGAGACUCUCAAAUGAAAGACAAAACUGAUAAAGAAGAUUUGGCUCGAGGUCGUUCUACGGAAUCCCACUUAACCUUGAGGUUUCCUUUUGCUUUCCUCUUUAGUAAUCACUCUUCUUCCAAACAUGGCGGCGAAAACGGCUUCCCUGCUGAUCCGUAUAGUGCAAGGAGUAGACACAGAUUGAUGCUCAUGUUUCUUAAGAUCAGUUUGGUUCUUAUUGUCGUUGUUGCCCUAGCUGGAUCUUUCUGGUGGACCAUUUCUAUUUCGACUUCAUCCAGAGGUCAUGUAUAUCACAACUAUAGGAGACUACAGGAGCAGCUUGUUUCAGACUUAUUGGAUAUUGAGGAGAUUUCUCUUGGUCCUAAUAGGUGGAAGGAGCUGGAAUAUUGUAAUAUAGAAUCUGAGAAUUUUGUUCCUUGCUUUAAUGUUUCUGAGAAUCUUGCUCUGGGUUACUCCAAUGGUGAUGAAGCUGAUCGCUUUUGUGGCCCUGGAUCAAAGCAAGAAUGUUUAGUUUUGCCACCCGUGAAAUAUCGUGUUCCUCUUAGGUGGCCCACUGGUAAAGAUGUCAUCUGGUAUUCUAAUGUUAAAAUUACUGCUCAAGAAGUUGUGUCUUCUGGUAGCAUAACCAAGAGGAUGAUGAUGAUGGAAGACGACCAGAUAUCUUUCCGGUCAGCAUCUCCUAUGUCUGAUGAGGUUGAAGACUAUUCCCAUCAGAUCGCUGAAAUGAUCGGGAUUAAGAAGGAUAACUUCAUAGAAGCUGGUGUGAGAACUAUCUUGGAUAUUGGGUGUGGUUAUGGUAGCUUUGGGGCACAUCUACUGUCCAAACAGAUUUUAACCAUGUGCAUAGCAAACUAUGAAGCGUCGGGUAGCCAAGUUCAGCUAACACUCGAAAGGGGUCUCCCUGCGAUGAUUGGUUCUUUUAUAUCAAAGCAAUUGCCAUAUCCUUCUCUUUCCUUUGACAUGUUGCAUUGCUUAAGAUGUGGCAUUGAUUGGGACCAGAAAGAUGGGCUUCUCCUUGUAGAAAUCGAUAGGGUUCUCAAACCCGGUGGUUACUUUGUAUGGACAUCUCCACUCACAAACCCUCGUAACAAGGAUCAUCUUAAAAGAUGGAACUUUGUUCAUGAUUUUGCUGAAAGCAUCUGUUGGAAACUUUUAUCUCAGCAAGACGAGACAGUUGUUUGGAAAAAAACAAUCAAAACCAAAUGUUACAGUUCUCGGAAACCUGGGGUGGGACCUUCUGUAUGUACCAAAGGGCACGACGUUGAGUCUCCUUAUUACAGGCCGCUUCAGAUGUGUAUUGGUGGAACACGAAGCCGGAGGUGGGUUCCCAUUGAAGGCAGGACAAGAUGGCCUAGCCGGUUUCAUAUGAACAAGACUGAACUUUCAUUAUAUGGUCUUCACCCUGAGGUGCUUGGAGAGGAUGCUGAGAACUGGAAAAUAACAGUAAGAGAAUACUGGUCUCUCUUGUCUCCCCUGAUAUUCUCUGAUCAUCCCAAGAGACCUGGCGAUGAAGAUCCAUCACCGCCUUAUAACAUGCUCAGAAACGUAUUAGAUAUGAAUGCUCAAUACGGUGGUCUCAAUUCCGCAUUGCUGGAAGCAAGGAAAUCAGUAUGGGUCAUGAACGUGGUCCCUACAGCUGGACCUAACCACCUCCCCAUGAUCCUUGACCGUGGCUUUGUCGGAGUGCUGCAUGACUGGUGUGAGCCAUUCCCGACGUACCCGAGAACAUAUGAUCUGGUGCACGCAGACAAUCUCUUGUCGCUUCAGACAAGUCAGCGCCGAAAAGGAUGUUCACUUCUUGAUAUGUUCACAGAGAUUGACCGAUUGCUUCGUCCAGAGGGAUGGGUGAUAAUCCGUGACACGACGCUUCUGGUGGAAAAGGCGAGAGCGUUGGUAACGCAGUUGAAGUGGGAGGCUCGAGUAAUAGAGGUUGAAAGCAGCAGUGACCAGAGACUUCUCAUCUGCCAAAAACCUUUGACCAAAAGACAACAAUCAAUCUGAAGAAGAACAUAGACACAGGUUUUUCUCCACUAUUUAAAAUUUUUUGUUCCAAGCCUCACAUUUUUGGAAUCAAUCAAAUCCUCCAAACUGUGUUGGCGAUACGGGGAAGAAAGGAGAAAGAGAUGAAAAUAUAUCCCGCCGGGGACGUAAGACCACCGGUGAAAUUUCUUUAUCUGGUUUCGUGAGUUUCCCAUUUUACAGAAUCUUAGAUAUAUUUUUUUUCUUUCUUAUAUGGCUUUGGUUCUACAACUUUUAUUAUACAAAAAAGAAUAUGAUUCAUAUUUGUGAAGAUGUUUAUGAAAUAAGUUGAAAGCUUCUACUAAAUCUUCA